AUGGAAGACCAAGACGGUACUUUUAGCUACGUGCAUAGUUCUCGUUACUCCGGCAGAUGCAUAGUUAAGCUGAUUGAAACGCUCAAAAAGCUUAUUGCAAACAAUUACUCGAUCGAUAACGUUAGCGAGGUGAGAGUUAAUCUUGAAGAACUCACCAAAGAAUUCGAAUCGUAUAAACGAAUAUCCAGUCGUGGAUUUAAUCUUGCAUCUGUAUCCAAGGAUGCCGCCAAACCGAAAACCGAUGAAGAAGUCUCCGCUCUCGAAGAUAAAAUUUUAGCUGAGCUCGAAAAAGUCAACAAAGCUGUUUUACCUGUAAUCGCUAAAUCGAAGAGUUAUAUUUCCGAGUUCGAAGCUCAACAGACACGCGAAUCGUUAAAUAACUCAUCAAUGAACAUGACUGGUGGUUUUCCUGAACCGAACGUAAAAUUACCUCGAAUUGAUAUACCAAAAUUUGAUGGUGUUGCUAUCGAGAAUUUCCUGGAAUUUUACGCCAUAUUCCAGAACGUGGUUCAUGAGGAACCAACUUUAUCGAAGGUUAAAAAGUUAUAUUACCUUAAACUAGCGUUGAUCGGAGAAGCUCACGAUUUGGUGAAAGAUACUCCUGUUACCGAUAAAGGUUAUGACGAAGCGUGGUGUCUUGUAGUUUCAACCUACAAAGAUAUCAAAUCCAUAACCCGAAGGCACUUCGAUCAAUUAUUCUCGAUAAAUCGAAUCAAAUCAACGAGUGAAAUCCCUAUGCUUCUUAGCAAUGUGAAUCGCGCUUUGAAGGGGUUACGCGCUUGCGGAGAAGACACCGAAAAUUGGGGUCCGAUAUUGAGUUAUAUCGUCUCCGAAAAAUUGGACAACGUAACGUACGAAGAUUUCGAAAAAUCUCUCACAACGAACACUAAGUUUCCACGUUGGAGUGUUCUGAAAUCUUUUCUCGAGAAUCGCGCGUCAGUCACUAAACGUAGCAGUGAUUUGACCAAACAAACGAAACGAAACGAUACUCCACCCAGUUCAUCUGGUAAACGAUCGACUUUGACUGCUGUAUCGAAUAACGAAACGCGAAGUGGUCCUUCUGGUACUCCUCAAUCAUCGCCACCGAAGCCAGCUUGUUCCUGCUGUGACAAGUUGCACUUGCUUAUCGAUUGUAACGUUUUUCGCGACAAAACACCGAAGCAGAGAUACGAAAUCAUCAAAUCGAAAUCUCUGUGUGGAAAUUGUUUCCAUUCGAAUCAUCGUACCAACGAAUGUCGUAAACAGCCGAAUUGCAAAAAAUGUAGCAAUCGUCAUCAUACGCUACUGCAUUUCGAUAAAACGAACGACUCGAAGGAUCCACCGAAGCCUGAAUUAAACGAAGAUGGCACUCCAAGAACGACUUGCGGGAUGUCAUCGCUCGUAUCCGUUCAAAAACCGAUUGCGUUAUUGCCGUCUGCGCUUGUAAAGUUUGUUAGCGGAAACAAGUGUGGUACUAUGCGUGUUUUGCUCGAUUCCUGUUCUCAAUUGAAUUUGAUAACGAACGAAUUCAUCAAACGUAACGAUUUAUCAACGACUAAAGCACCCUAUCUGAGUAAAGUGGCGGGUAUUGGUGAUAGCGAAACCGAAUGUAACCAAAUUAUCGAAUUUUCAAUCGAAUCGCGAGUAGAAGAUUUCGAAUUUUGUGCUCGAUUUACUGUAAUCAAUAAUCGAAUACCGUAUUCUGUAACGAAUUAUAUCAUCGGCGAUUUUGCAGAAAAAGUGAACGAACGUCGCCUGAAUCUCGCUGAUACUGCUUUCUACGAUCGUAACGUAAAUAUCAAUUCAAUCGAUGCCAUUCUUGGGGUUGAAGCGUAUAACUUGUGCGUGCGUAACAAAACCAUCUUUAUCGAAUCCGCUUGUCUACGUGAUACCGUUUUUGGUUGGACAAUUUCAUCAUCGAUCGAAUCAGCUCGCAAUACUCGACAUUCUCAACCGUAUUGUGGCUUAACUAUCGACAAUAUCGACCAACGACUCGAACGAUUCUGGAAAAUCGACAGUUAUCCAGAUAGUGCUCCAAAAUCAAUCGAGCAUGAAGAAUGCCAGAAGCACUUCAUGUGCACUUACCAACGAGCUCCGGAUGGUAGAUUUAUCGUUCAACUACCAUUCAAGGAGGAUCCAUCUGUCAUCACUGGCAACUUUGGUAUUGCCGUGAAAUAUUUAAAACGAAUCGAAUCGAAGUUGGACGAAACGACUAAACGAAUGUACACCGAUUUUAUGGCAGAAUAUGAAGCGUUGAAACAUACGUCUGUUGUUUCUGACGAUGUGUCCAGAUAUUAUAUCCCACAUCACACUGUGUUACGUCCAUCGAGUACAACGACGAAGCUACGAGUUGUAUUUCAUGCUUCAUCUAAAUCGUAUUCCGGUAAAUCGCUCAACGAUGUGCUUAUGGUUGAUCCAACUAUUCAACCUGAGCUCAACGAUACUUUGUUGUGUUUCCGUAUAUUCUGCAAAGUAAUAUCCGCUGAUAUUCAACACAUGUAUCGCUGUAUCGAGAUACUAAAAGCCCAUCGCCGAUUUCAAUCGAUAAUUUGGCGAGGUAAACGACACGAAUUGAAUACGAUAACGUACGGUACUGCUCCUGCUGCAUAUGAAGCAACGCAAUGUCUCGAUAUUCUCGCUGAAGAAGUGAAGGUAACUCGUCCUCGCACUUCUAUCGCUAUACGUAAAGGCUUCUAUAUGGAUGAUUGGCUUUAUGGAGCCGACACCGAUGAAGAAUUAAUCGAAUUGCAGCAAUCAGUGCAUGAAACGUUGUUAUCAGCUGGUUUCAAACUACGAAAAUAUCAAUCGAAUUCGAACGAAGUACUGACUAAAAUUGAGCCUGCUCUGAUUGAACAUAAUUUGACCGUUCAAUUUGGAGAUAACGAAGCGCUUUCGAUACUUGGCUUAGCCUGGUGUCCUUCUACCGAUAGCUUUGCGCUGAAAACCGAUGUUCCUGCUCCUACGACAACCGUAACGAAACGUCAAAUGCUAUCUACAAUUUCGAAAGUAUUUGAUCCACUCGGCUUAGCUUGUCCAGUAACGAUUCGAGGCAAGCUGCUGUUCAAACGAUUGUGGAAACUCGGAAUCUCAUGGGAUGAUCCCGUGACUCCUGAAAUCGAUUCGCUGUUUAACACUUAUUUAUCCGAUUUGAAUCGUUUAUCGAAGUUCGUAAUACCGAGAUACGUUCAAGAUUUCGACGCGAAUACUGAAACAAUCGUUGGUUUCUGCGAUGCGUCCGAGCAGGCAUACUGUGCUGCUGUAUAUGCGUUCAAUGCAAAACGUCUCCAGUUGCUAUGCUCAAAAACGAGAGUUGCUCCAGAGAAAGAGCUCAAUAUUCCACAGCUUGAACUUCAAGCAGCUGUUCUGCUUGUGCAACUAAUCCAACGUGUUUCCAAAACACUCAACGUCGAUAUUCAUCGCAGUAAACUGUUCACCGAUUCGACUAUUGUCCUAGCAUGGCUAUCGAAACCUGCUAGUGAAUGGAAAACGUUUGUUCGAAACCGUGUGGUGAAAAUUACCGAAGUGUUUCCUAUUCAACAUUGGAGCCACGUCCGUUCAGGUGAAAAUCCUGCGGAUCUCGCUACACGUGGUAUUUCGACUGAAUCACUAUUGCAAUCGAGUAUGUGGCUGUCUGGUCCUGAAUUCGUUAUAAAUCUCGAUAAUUCGUCAAAUAAUACCGAAAUCGAUGAAACGAUCUGUGAACCAUAUCGCAGAAAACCGAAAAUCGCCUCUUUCAUCGCUGCUGACCUUGAAUCCGAUCUCAAGAAGCAGGCGAAGUUAAUCUCAUCGUGUGAAUCGUACGAAAAGCUCCGAUUCAUGUAUGCUGCUGCUAUCGCCGUUAUUCGUCAUUGGAAAUCUCGAAUUUUGAAUCGAGAAUGUGUUCCAUUGAAAGUUGAAUCUAGCGAUAUGAUCCGAGCCAACGAAUGUAUCAUACGAAUCGUGCAGUAUGAUGCAUUUUCCAAAGAUAUCGAACGAUUGAAGACCAAACCAGGCAAACUAUCGAAGCGAAGCCUGUUGAAACGACAUACUCCAUUUCUCGACGAUAAUGGAAUAAUGAAAUCGAAGACGCGCCUGCAAAAUGCGCGCAAACCUGUUAACGCUAAAUUACCGAUCGUGUUACCCGCUCAUCAUCAUUUCACGAAGAUUUUCAUUCGAUACUUUCAUUUGAAAUUCUUCCAUGCUGGCCGUCCGUGGCUAAUGACAACGUUAUCGACGAAUUACGUGUUUGUUGGUGGUUUGAAUCGAGCCAUCAAAUCAGUGAUUCAAUCUUGCAAGCAGUGUAUUGAACGGUUUGUCGAAUCAAAACCGCAGCAGAUGGCGAAUCUGCCUUACGAACGCGUUACUCCUCUACCGCCUUUCCAGGUAGUAGGAAUCGAUUUUACCGGCGCUUUCCUGCUAAAAUGUUCGUAUCAUCGAACCACAAAGUAUAUGAAGGCUUACGCUUGCAUCUUUGUGUGUUUCUCGACAAGGGCGGUGCAUAUCGAACUCGUUCCUUCUUUAUCGACCGAAGAUUUUCUCAACGCGCUGAAGUGCUUUCACUACGCUUUAUCCAAUACGAUUUCUUGGAAAUUCAACCCACCUUACACGCCUCAUCGCGGUGGUAUCUGGGAAUCUGCGGUGAAAAGUGCGAAGCGUUACAUACCGAAAAUAUCCGAAAAUCAGAAAUUCACUGAAAAUGAGUUGAGAACGUUGCUCACUCAAAUCGAAGGUAUUCUGAACACCAGACCGUUAGCUUAUUCGAACACUGGUGAACCGGAUGAGGAGAUACUGACUCCUGGCCAUUUCUUAGUUGGUCGAAAUUUAAACGUCAACCUACCCGAACCUUCUUCGCCUCCAGCAAAUAUUAAGCUGUCUGAUCGAUACAUUGCGAAUCAGAAUCGUAUUCGAGCAUUCUGGAGAAUUUGGUCCCAGGAUUAUCUCAAUCAGCUCCGUUCUCGCACCAAGUGGCAGGGCGAACAACCUAAUUAUCACGUCGCAGAUUUGAUUUUACUCCGAAAACCUAAUACGGAACCUUGCCAAUGGAUUCGAGCGAUAAUUAUCAAGACUUUCCCCGAUGAAGCUGGUUUAGUUCGAACAGUCGAAGUCCGAACGUCAGAUCGUUUGUCGAAAGUCGUGCCGAUCCAGCAAAUUGUUCCUUUACCGAUCGCUAAAUGA